AUGUCGACCGCCACGCAGUCCCGCAUCUUGCCGCCGCCGGGCAAUGGCCUGCCGGCCAAGGUGGUGCCUAUUGCGCCGAAUCAAACCCUCUACGUGCGGAACCUGCCGUCGGCCAAGAUCAAGAAGGAGGACCUGCGCAUGGCGCUGUACCUUCUGUUCUCCACCUACGGCCCCGUGCUCGACGUCGUGGCGCUCAAGACGAUGAAGAUGCGAGGACAGGCGCACAUUGUCUUUCGCGACAUCCAGGCGGCAACACAAGCUGCCCGCUCGCUCGAUGGCUUCUCCUUUUUCGGACAGGACAUGAAAGUCACAUAUGCCAAGUCCAAAUCCAACGUGAUCGCCAGGCUAGACGGCACCUUUGAGCCGCCCACGGCCGCCCAGACUGUCGAAGUCACCGAUCUCCAGCAGAGCAUCUUCAACGCCCCGGCGCCGGGCUCGGCUGCUACGCCUCCCCCUGUCGUUCCCAAGCCGGCUGAUGCACCAGGCGGAACAAAGGCAGACGCCGAAGCCGAAGCAGCUCGCGGCCAGAAGCGGACGCGUGACGAGGAGGACGAGGAGGAGGACGACGACAGCGAUGUGGCCAGGGGAGGAAGACAGCGAUGA